GCUUGGAAAAGUUGAAAAAUUUCGAUUCGUUUGUUACAUAUAUAUAUAUUCAUUUUUAUAGACUUCGUUUAAUGUGUAUUUUUCGUGCAUAAAAAAAUCCCACAUAAUAUUCUGGUGGUUGAUCUACUCUGUUCACGAUAAAGGACACGAAUGCUCAAUAACAAAACGAUCAUACAGUGAAAUUGUGCGAGGAUCGAGAGAAGCAGCAGAAAGAGAACGAGUGUAAGGGUGUAAAAGAGACAGAGACAGGGAUAUAGUGGAAAAAACCACAUGUGAUACAACUGCCACUUGAUCGGCGAGAUCGCAUUUGGCACACAAACGUGAAAUCGCGGUGCUUAUUGUUUUUGAUUGGUUAUCACAAACGAAGCGAGAGAAAAACGUUAGUUCUGUUCCUCCGUGCAUCGGAUUGAUACGAGAUUUAAACGGAAACCGAAGACAUUUCUCAAAGCGUUUUCAUCAUUUUGAUUGACAUUUGAACUGCCAUUACUGACCGAUCGGCCAAAAGAAUAACUUUUUUUUGUCUUUUAUUAAUUCAAUUUUAAAACACGAACACAACACCAAUACACCAAAUUAGUCAAUUCAAUCGAACAGUGCUAUAGACUCAGUCACCCAAAAAGUGAUUGCAACGAGAUCGAAACAAUUGAUCAUAGUUUGUUUGUUGUUUUUUUUUGUUUGUUUGUUUCUAUCUCUUUAUGCAUAUCAAGUGAUUCCGUGUGAUGAUCAAAGAGGGUGAACAGAUAAUUCAGUGUAUCGACUACAUCGCAACACUUCAAUGACCCGCACACAGUUUUUGGACAACGAAACGGAACAUCACCAGUAUCGUUAGCCAACCUGUUAACCAUUCAAAGGGCAAAAUAGUACAUCAAUUGAACACCACUUCAAAUCAUCGGCAUCACUGUCAUCAUACACUACACUACUAAAGCAAUAGAACGUACAUUUGCGUGCAAUUUAAAUACAAACUCAAUAAUAUCAAAUCUCAAUUAGCAAAAUUUACGACGCUCAUCGCCUAUUGUAAUAAUUGGCCAAACAACAAUGCAUCUGCAUCCAGAGGGAAUGUGAUUUUCGAAGUCAAACACAAUAAAAACCAGAGCAACAACACUUAGAAAAUUGAAACCAUUCAUUCAUUUUCUUCGUAUGCCUAUUUGGGCCUUAUUUAAAUGAAUAAACAUAAAUUUAAAACAAAACAAAGACAAACCAAAAUAAGUUAAUGCAAUGGAUAAGCAAUAGUAAAUAUCAAAAAAAAAAAUAUUCAGUUAUUUUCAGUUGAUUUUUUUUUCGUUUCGUUGAAUAUACACCUAUAUCUAUCUUAUAAAUCGUUGAGAAGUGAAUGCGAAUAAGUAAUUUUUAAAUCGAAAUUAUUUUAUGAUCCAAAAAGGAAGAAAAAUAGAUCUUGUUGUGGAAAAAAAAGUGCAUCGAAAAGAGAAAAUAAAAACAAAUUGGACCUACCGUCGAAAAGAAAACGCGCCAAAAAAAAAAUAUAUAGCAAUUGUAUUCAAUUGAUUUGAUCAACGUUUUGUGAUUGUUUGUUACUCGUUAUUUUUCACUCAACGAAGAGAAACAGAGAGGCAGAGAAAAAAGACUUGGGAAUUAUGAUUUUACAUGAGUACAUGCCAAUGAUUUACAGUGAGUUGAGAUCGCGAUCGGUUUAUGGUCAUUGAGCCAAAGUGAGAACGUGUACGAUUCAUUUUAGUUUAUUUUUUAUUUUAGUUUUUUCAAAAUUUAAACAAAAACAAACAAUGUUCGAAUAAUUCAGAUGAAUCAACGUCAUAAUUUAAAUAUCAAGUGAACAAUCCACAGAAGAAAAACCUAAUUUUAACAAAUUUCGAAAGUGUUCUUAAAUUAAUCUUUAAAUUCACUCAAUACACAAAUCAAGUUUGCAAUUUUCAUCACAUAUUGUUAAAGAAGAAGAAGAAUUGAGGAUAGAAGCAAAUAAAAAAAACUCUAUCUCCAAUGAUUUGAUAACGGAGAGAGUGCAAAGUAUAAACAAAACGAUAUUUCUAAUUAAUCAAGUGUGUAGCAUUUGAAGGACAAAACAAGAACUGGCCAUUCAAACGGCGCAUAUAUCUGCUAUACUUUCAGUAAAUCGAAUCAGUUGAAAAUUCGGGAAAAAGAAUUCUUUCUAAAAUACAACACGCCAAUUGAUAAUAACAAUAACAACAACAUCAUCAUCAUCAUCAACAACAACAACAAGAGUACAAAACGUGUGCGUGAGUGAGUGUGAAUGCAAGACUUUUCAAUAAUGAGUGACAGAGAACGAUCAUCGCCGACUCUAAUCGAAUCUGGAUUAAAAAACUUAAUUGGAGGCCGUGACAGCAAUUAUCCAUUGAUCAGCGGUAUAAAUGUUUUUCUCUAUUCAGGAAAGGCAUCCGGAAAUAGCAAAGAUAUAUGUGGCAACGAUGAUAAAUUUAAAGAGGAUGGCGAUCCAUGGAAUGUUGAAGCACAAGCUGCCUUCUUAGGGCCAAAUUUAUGGGACAAAACCUUACCAUAUGACACGGAUCUCAAGGUAACACAUUAUGCUGACCUAGAUGAGUUUUUGUCGGAAAACAAUAUUCCUGAUGGCUUGCCCGGUACACAUUUGGGUCAUUCGACUGGUUUGAACCAUCGUCCAUCGGUGAAUGAUUCAUUGGGUUAUUCGACUGGAUUAGCACUAGGCUUAGGUCACAUCACAACAAAACGUGAACGCUCACCAUCACCAUCCGAUUGUGUCAGUCCCGACACGAUAAAUCCACCGUCGCCGGCUGAAUCGACAUUUUCGUUUGCGUCAUCAGGCCGUGAUUUUGAUCCACGUACACGUGCAUUUUCGGACGAAGAACUUAAACCACAGCCAAUGAUCAAAAAAUCGAGAAAACAAUUUGUGCCCGAUGAACUUAAGGACGACAAGUAUUGGGCUAGACGCCGAAAGAACAAUAUUGCCGCCAAACGAUCGCGUGAUGCGCGUCGUCAAAAAGAAAACCAAAUCGCGAUGCGAGCACGAUAUUUAGAAAAAGAGAUUUCUUUACAGAACUCAACGCUACAUCAAGAGCUGGAGCAAUUAAAGCAGGAGAAUAUGGAACUGCGUGCGCGCCUAUCCAAAUAUCAAGACGCAUAAGUUCAUGUGUUAUUCGGUCGCCGGUUGUAUGCAUUACAUUAACGACAACAACAUGAAAAAUUAAAUUAACAUUAACAUUAAAAUUUAAAUUAAAACGAAAAGUGAGAAGAAAAAAAAAUAGGAAGAAGAAUGAAGGAGCGUUAAAUAAGCAGAAUAUAAAUGAUGCAGCAGAUAAAUUGCAGCAAAACCACAUACACAAACACACAUCCACAUAAAAGUCACCUAUGCAUGCAUACAAACUAUUACUACGUAUACCGAAUACAAAAUACUGUUUAAAGAUUAACACAUGGAUAUACUUGAUUAUACAUUUUUAGUACUAAAACAAAAACAUUUAUGGAGCUAAGCUUAUGCGUUAAGAAUAGGCAGCAACAAAAACAGCAACCACCACCAUCACCACCACCAACACCACCACAACAAAAUACCGACUUACAUCUUUGCUGAAUUUUCAAUUGAUGACACUCAUCCUGGGGGGAAAGGCGAUCAUUUGAUGUUCGACAGAAUUUAAGAAACAUACAACAAAAAAAAAACCAAUAAGAAAAAAAAAACAAUAAAUCAAAGUAGCCAGCUAAAUUAGAUGAUUUAAAUUGAUCAAAUGAUAAAAAUCGUACACAAAAACAAAAAAAAAACUCCCACAAUCAAAGCAAAAUGAUGAGAAUAACGAAUGGCCCUAGUAGUUGUAGAUUGUACUAAACAAUAAUUUAAAAUAAAAAAAAGUAAACGAAAUACACAAUAAUAAUGGAAUAGUGUUGGUGCAGGACAGGCGAUUAGUUUUUAGACAAAACAGAAUAAUAUUAUGUAUGUUAAAUGAAGUUGAAUAAAUUUAUACAACAAAUAAAUGAAGUAGAAUGAAAAUACGAUUAUGAAUUAUGAUUAUGAAGUGAAGAAAAAUGAAAAACAUUUAAUUUUAGAAACAAAAUACACAAUUUAGAUAUUUAAGAAAUACAUAUACACCAAGUUUAUUCGUAGAAAUUGCAAUCUAAACAAAACAAAACAAACCACUGUCUAAUGUUAUUGUGAGACUUGUUAUGUUUUUUUUUAAUUUUUUUUUUUUGUUUGUUUUGGUUUUUAAAUGAAAAUGAAACGAACGAAAAAGAAAGAAGCAAACAAUAAACACAAAAUCGAACGGAAAAUGAAGAGGAAAGAAAGAAAGAAAUUCAUUAGAGUGCGUACGAUUUACAUUUUAAGAUUUAAAUUAAUUUCUUUUGAGUAUAUCAUUCAUAUCUUGUUUUCCCCCUUCGCUUUUAUUUAUAUGCCAACAUUUUCAUUAAAACCAUUUUCGAUGCUCUUAGGGUUUCACUUCAUUUAAUGUUACUGGUUUCCUUUUCUCUUUUUUUUUGGUUUUGGGAAAAAUGUUGAAAAGACAGACACAAAAAAACAAAAAAAAAAAGAUCAAACAACCGUUUGAAAUUUUGCAAAUAAUAUACUGUUGGUUACCUAUUCGGGUUAUUGUUGAAAGAAGUAUGAUAUUGUGUAUAUCGAUCGAAACUACCAAAUACUAUUCAGGACGAGUACUUAAUUGCAAAUAGACCCCAAGAAUGUGUGAGGAGCUAUUGAAACAUUUGAGACAACAUGUCUUUAAAUUGUGGCAACCUCGGCCAUGUACAUUUGUUACCGGAGAAUAAUCGUUACCAAAAUCACAAUUACAUAAAUGUGCGCACGUCAUAGUCACUAGAUACACAAAUUGUGCUAGUUUCACAUUUACCCAAUCUAUUUUAAAUAUAUUUGUAUCAGUCGCUCUGUUUUCUCUUUGUUUUUCUAAUUUUUAUGCACCUAUUUACUUUACUACUCAACACAUCCAAUUUAUUAAAAUACAGCGAAUUUUCUUGCAAAGUUAGGGGGGAAAAUCAAGUAAAAAAAAAUGUAAUAUGACACCGAUUUAAUCAAUUUAAUGUUUCGCUAUUUAUUUUUUACCCCGUUUUUCUCCUAUUGUUUCCCAUUCUUUAAUUAGACAUUAAACAAAAAUUGUUACUUUUGUUCUUAUGUUAUAAAACAUGAAGCAACUAAUUGUUAUUAUUAUUAUUUUUUCUUAAAUUUUUAUUCUUGCGUUUUGGUUUAACAUAAAAUUGUUGAAAAUUUGAUUUCCUUUGUAAAUAUAAAGAAAAAGUACAUAACAUUGACUCUUUUCUUUUGUUUUGUUAACUUGACUAGUUGUCUGCUUGUCUUGGUAAUAAAAACAAGAACCACCACCACCUCCAACAUACAUACACACACACAUAUAUAUAUAUAUAUAUAUACAACUCACACGCUGUCAUCGUUAUUUUUUUUUGGGGGGAAAUUAAGAAUUCUCCUUAAAUUAUUCGUUUGUGUUUUGUUUUUAACAACCCACCACCUAAGAUCUAAACAUCUUCAACAGCACUUAACUGAUCACAUCCACACUCACACACACAUCGUCUAUCGAUGCUGCUAUUCUCUAAUUGUCGUUUUAAUUUCGUGUGAAUAAUUUUCUUAAUCGAUUUUUCCGUGGAGAAAAUGAUAAAUAUGACAACAACAACAACAAAAAAUGUUUAUACCAAUGUAAAUUAGAAUUCAGAGGUUAUUUUAUUAGACAAAAGAAAAACAAAAAGAACAACAAUAAUAACGAAAAAGCUGAUUGCUAAAUAAAUAAUUUAACAAAAUCUAACGACAAAUAUUAUUACGUAUUGAGAAAUAAAUUAUGAUAUUGGCAUAGUGUGUUGUUGAAAUUCACAGUGAAGAAUAAUAUUUUUAUUUUGUUGAAAACAUAUUUGGCACAUUUUUCAUGUAUUUUUCUAAAUUUGUUGAUGUUUAUAAUUACAAAAAAAAAAAUUUCGAUCUUCAACAAAAACAUACCCACACACUAAAUUACGAACGUUUUGGUUUUCACAACAUUAUCGAUUCAAGAAUUGGUGGAAUUUGUAAUUCGAUUUUUUUUUUAAAUGUACAGACGGUAUGAAACCAAAUGAAUUUUUGUGAUGAAAGAUGGCUCAAAAAAUUAAUGCUAAACAAUUUUCUCAGUAACCGUUCUCUUGAGUGAGAUUUUAAAACUUUGAAAAUGAGUAUGUGUCUCAUUAUUUGUAUCGUGAUAGAACAUUUGAGCAUAAACUCGAUUGAAAACCCAAACACCGUAUUCAUUAGUUUUUAUUUUGUUCUCAUUGUGAUUGAGAGUAAAUUUGAUGUUCCAAAAAAGAAAAAAAUGUGUAAAAAACGUCUGAUGAUCAAUUGAUGAACUUCAAAGGAUUUUUUCCAAACGGCAUUCGUUCGGAACGUUUACCAUUAUUUACACGCUCCAUAAUAAUUUUUUUUUUUCGUAAACAGUGGCAAUAUUUAUUUCUUAUCUCAUAAAUUUGUAAACAAAUUAAAACAAAUUCAAUAGACGCAAAGUUACCGUAAUACGAUGAAUGAACGAUAAGUUUUUAGAAAAGAAAAAUGUAGAAAACCAUCGGAUUCGAAAGGUAGAGUUGAUUUAGUUUAAAAAAAAUAAUAAUUUAAAAAAAAUGAAAAAGAAAAAGUUCAAAAUCCGUUUUCAAUCAGAUCACAAUUUGUAAUAUGCUUUGGUUGAAGAAUUCAAAGAAAAAAAACUAUGCUAGCUAUGUACUGAAAAAAAUGUGAAGCAAACAAUAUUGAAUAAUUACAAUGAAAUUUUAGAUAUUCCUAAAAUGAAGAAGUAAAAUAUUCAAAUUUAGCAAAAAAAAAAAAA